UAUGUUUCAUUUGAAUGAUCCCGGAAUAGAUUGUGGAUUAGAUUCUCAUAGUCAUUACAUCAUUUUAAGAUUGGAUUUUUUUCUCAUCAUCAUCCAAUUGAAAUUUUAAUUUCAAGUGCCUUGUUGCUGUCCAUUAAAACAAUGUUAAGUACCAUAAUAUUGCUCAAGUUAUAAAAUCAUGAUAAUUGUUCCAGAUUAGUUGUGGAAAAUAAUUUGACAAAUAAUUUCCGAACAAAUGUCAAAUAGUUUAGUAGCAAAAGCGUGGGAGGUUGACGAUAUAAACGCAUGUGCAUUUUUUAUUUAAUUAAUCAUACUUUUGCCUUGUCUAUUUAAGAAUUUAUGGUUUGUAAUCAACUAACGUCUUUUUUUAAGAAACUAUCUGUUAUUUUCCCCUCUCUUUCUCUUUCCACCAAAUUUUUAGUGUGUUGUCAUUGAUCUUUUUCUGAUUUCAAUGGGGUAUCGGAAAAAGCUAAGAAUUGUGUUAGGGAUUCUGAAAGACAAGGGGACAUUGAUCAAAACAACCUUAUCACCGAAGCGCCAGAAAUCAUCUAUUCGUCGCGUAAUUCUACGGGCUACCACCCACGGCUCCACCGCCCCACCGUCUGGUCACCGAAUCGCCGCUGCUAUCAGCCUUGGCCAUGGAUCACGCGCCACUGCAUGCGCUUGUAUCCAGGCUCUCAUGGACCGACUGCAUCACACGAGUAGUGCAUCGGUUGCCCUGAAAUGCCUCUACAUAAUCCAUAAUAUUAUAGGGAAAGGAUCCUUUAUCUUGAAAGAUCAGCUCUCUAUUUAUCCUUGUUUUGGGGGUCGAAAUUUUCUUAAUUUAUCGAUGUUUCGAGAUGAUUCGGAUUCGGAAACAUGGGAAAUAUCAACAUGGGUUCGAUGGUACGCAGGAAUCUUGGAACAAAAUUUGAUGGUUUCCAGGAUCUUAGGUUAUCACCUUUAUUCUUCACGUGCCAAGAAUGACAGCAGUAAAAAAGACAAGAUUCUGGCUUUUUCGAACUCGGAUUUACUUAAAGAGAUAGAUUUUCUUGUUGAUUUCGCGGAUCAGGUCGGUAACGCACCCAAUUCGCUUUAUCUUCAACGAAAAAUUUUGGUGCACGAGGUUGUAAGAUUGGUUAGCGAAGAUUAUAGAUUAGUCCAACGUGAAAUGUCUCUCCGAGUAGCGGAACUAGGACUGAGAAUGAUGAGUUUGAGUUUUAGUGACUGCACUCAGUUUCUAAAUUCGUUAAACAGGUUCGAGGAUUGCAAGGAAAGAACAUGUUCGCUGUUGGUGAACCGAAAUAGGAACGAUGAUUUGUGGGACUCGAUGAAGGAGACCAAGGCAAAGGUUUCGGUAAUGAUGAUGGAGAAGAAAGAGGGGAAAAUGUUUCCGUUGUUGACCGAGUUCAGCCAGUUGUUUCCGUUGGUGGGGUUUUGACCGCGUCCCUGCCCCUGUUUUGUGCCGUUGGUUUCCUUCUUGCAGUGUUUUUUUUUUUUUUUUCUUUUGCUUGAACCUGAAACAUCUCCUUUUAAAACGGUCUAAAUAAUGAUUUGACUGUAAUAGAUUCGAAUCGAUUAGUCAUUUUCUUGCACAGAAAUUUCAUUUUCAUUCUUGAAUAUGGUUAGUUUUAUUCUUAGCAGGCUGAAGGCCUAUGUGAAUGAAAUAGUAAUUUACUUUUGAGUCUAAUGGGUAUUAGGAAAGGCUUUAUUUUUGGUAUGAACAAUCGGACAAAAAGAAUUUGUAAAUAUGGGAGAUUGAAUCUUAACCUUGCACGAAUUUAUCUUAAAAAUAGGUUAAUGGAUAAUUUGAACUUAGCUUUCAGGGCUUUAAAAAUGAAGUUUAGUUUCUCUUUUUUAUUUUUAUGCAUGGCUCAUUCCCAUUAUUGUUCUCACGUUCAGGAAAGUGCUGUUUGUUUUGGUGCCUAACGGAUUGUAUCCCACUUUUUUUUCCAUGGUGAGAUCAAUAUUUCUUCUUGUUUCAGACUUUCAGUACUGAACCAAUCCCUGUAAAAUCAUAACCCUCAAAUCGAAUGCGAGCCCAUGCACUUGCGCUUGUUGCUCCAUGUAAGGCAGAAAACCCAUUUCUAAAUUGCCAUUUUUAAGCCUUAGGCCCAAUUAGAGUCCAGAAAGAAUUCCAAUGCCUUAACAGACCACAGUCGGGCUGGACGGUACUUUUGACUUGGAUUCGGGGAUACUUUCUACUUUUGAUUAUGAUCAUGGGGACUAAAUCUGGGAUUAGUUCCCAAUUAUAUCGAGUCUGGGUGGUUGACUUUUGAAGUUACUAAUAGGUUUGCCUGUCUAACUGACAAAACUAGAAAAAUAAAUGCCAAAAGCAACUAAUAAUGAUCAAUGAUGGAAGAUAUUGAACAGUAUUUUCCACCAAUUAAGAGAUUUCUUUGUCGACCAUAUCUCGCCACUG